AUGGACGAUACAGAAAUCAGCCAGCUCUCGUGUGAGGACUUCCACACCCUCAUCACCAACAUUUUGGAGGACCCGCGCUGCCACGACAGUACCUGCCCAGACGAUGGUGAAAUCUUGAACUCUCACCUUAUAAUCUACUUUAAGGUUAUUGUCUGCAACUUGCACUCUCCUCAUAUAUUCCCCGAGACACAGUCACGCGACCGAAAGACACUGGAAAAGAUUGUAAUGCGCUAUAGUGUGCGGUUGAUCAAUUCUCCGUUUUUUGUGCUGAACAACGCAUUCAUCCUCAGCAAGAUUCUCUCCAUGCUAGGGGUUCCCUCCCUAGAUGUUCAUCUCAAGUGCUUUCUCAUCUGCGUACUCAAGGCGUUGCUACAGCGCGAGGAUAAGUAUUUAGCUAACCAGGCCUCCCACGAUACACGGGGGGUGCUCAUGACAUAUCUAGAUGACUUGGGCUUUAAGCGGAUCUUGUUCCAGGCAAUUUUAGAUAGCCGCACUGACGCAAAGGUGUUGCACUUUCUCCAGGACCUUCUCCUGGCGGUGAUAAGGUUAGAAGCGUUUCUGCUCGAAGACUUGACUCUCAUCAACAAUGCGUACCUCGAGCGCUUGAUCGACUUUAAGGAGUUCAACUUGAAGCAAUCCUUGUACAAUGAAGAGGUGAAUGAGCAGAACGAACUGUUUGAGGACGAGUAUCUGUACGAAUGGGACGAUGUGAACUACAUCGUCUUUCGCAUUUUGCUAGUGCUCAACGAGCAGUUUGUGAUCAAGUUCUACCAGCUUGAGAAGGCGGAAAAGCCGCAUUUUAUCAACAGCGUGUUCAAAUUUGUCAUCUCCCACUCACAGAACAACUUUCCCGAGUUGUUGAUCUACUACUUUAACCGCGAGCAGUCACACUUCAUCAAGAUCCUCAUUCUCAAAUUUCUCUAUCUCAUGUUCACCACCAGCUUCACCGUCGACUACUUCUACAUCAACGACCUAAAGAUAUUGAUCGAUAUUUUCAUUCGCGAGCUUCUGGACUUGUCGACCGAACAGGAGCCGUUGAUAAAUAUCUAUCUUAAGGUACUCUACCCCAUGUUGACCUACUCUGCCCUCCCACAUUUGUGCUACAAAACUGACGAUAUUCGCGUUUUGUUGGAAAACUUGGCCUACAACUUCGAGUCCGACGCCACCAAACGGCUAGCCGUCAAUUGCAUGAACGUUGCGUGGCUCAAAGACGGGGGGUCUGACGAUGAACUGGACGAAGAUAUCAGCCAGAAUCUCCAAGCAGUAAACUUGAACUCUCACCGCCUCUUGAGCCCCGAAAACGAGCAUUCGACUGAAUCUCUUAACUUCCCUCUCGCACGAAGUGCCACCUCCUUUAUGGACACCCAAUCCAUCGAGUCCACAUCGCUGGGCUCCUCUUCCCUCGGCGAUUUCAGAGCCCCGCCUCCGCCGGUGAAGCUCAGAAGCUCCUCGGCUGUUCGGGCAGCUCCGUAUAGAAGGAAACCGCCUCCCCCACCUCCACCCAUAUACUCGGGUGGAAAAGCAUCGCUGUUCAGACUGGAUAAACCGUUGCCGCGGCCCCCUCCGCCAGCUCCGCGGAAAAACCACCUGUGUUUGAAUUAG